CAUAUGACGUCAUAAUCCAUCGUCUUAGGUUAGCGGUUCUUCUUCGGGUCAGGUCGGAGGUUUUGGAGGACGGAUAACCAUGGCCCUGAGGGUGAUCCGAAUGGUCAUCCCCUCGGGAGCUGCAGCUUCUAGAGCUGUGAAUCUUAUACAGAAGGCAGGAAUCCACACAAGUUCAGUGAGAAGCCUCCGAUAUGGGUGGUGGGCUUACGCACUGGGCGAGAGGACAACGCCGCGGUUGACGAAGACCAGCAAAAUCAUUUCUGUAGAAGGAAAUUUGGCCUCGGGGAAGGGAGCACUGGCCCAGAAGUUGGCUGACAAACUGGGGAUGCUGUACAUGCCGGAGCCUGACACGUUCUACUUGGACAAGAUGACCGGGGAGAAGGAGCCCCUCCCUGUUGAUUACAACGGGAUAUGCAGCCUGGAGAAGUUCUACACCGACCCCAAAGCCGCUGACGGGAACAGCUACAGACUGCAGGUGUGGAUGUACACCAUGAGGCUGCUUCACUACUCGGACGCCAUCGAACACAUGCUCAGCACAGGCCAAGGCGUGAUCCUGGAACGUUCCCCCUUCAGUGACAUGGUCUUCCUGGAGGCCAUGUUCAAACAGGGCUACAUCAGGAAGGAGUGUGUGCAACACUACUAUGAGAUCAAAGACAUCAGCAUCUGUGAGUUCCUGCCUCCUCAUCUGGUCAUCUACGUGGACCAGCCGGCUGACGAGGUGCAGAAGAAGCUGAAGCAGAGCGGCAAGGCCUAUCUGCAAAAUGUUCCUCUGGCGUACCUGAAGAGCAUCGAGGACAGCUAUAAGAAGUCUUUCCUGCCUCAAAUCAGAGAAACGUCUGAACUGCUGGCGUACAACACAGUUCAAGCCCAGGAUAUUGAAAAGGUGGCUGAAGACUUUGAGUAUCUGAAGUUUGACAAAGGGCCGUGGCUGGAGCAGGACGACGUCAGCUACCACCACAUGAGGAUGUUUGUGGAGGACAAACACCAUGUGGGAACGCUGACCCACAUACCCAAGUUCCUCCCAGAGAUCACCAUCGGGGCUCACGAGUACGAUGAAAAAUACUACUCCUACAAAUCGCUUCCUGGAAAGAAGUACGCUGCUGGUUAUAAUGAGGACGUUGGAGACAAAUACAUCUGGCUGAAGUGACGAGACACUCAAUAACUCGUCCGUUGUGGUUUUGGUCCAGACCGUCGGAGGUCCAGUCCACAUCAUGUUGUACAUCCUAAAUAUUGUCUAUGUAUUAAAGUAAUAAAUUUUGAUUCUACCAUA